AAGAAGCCGCGCUGGCCGCGCUCGGAACCGCCGGAACGGAGCGAGGGAGCGCUGGAGGCGGCUUUGUACGGCUCUCCUUGCCCGCCGGAGCCCCAGGCUGUCCGGUUCACCUUGAUCACCACCAGAGAAAACUCCACAAAAGAUGGAGGACACCGAGCCGUGGUACUCUCAGCAAGUGUACACAAGGUACUGGAGGCACUAUGACUUAGCCAUGCGCUGGAUGCGCAGGCACCAGAAAGCCUACAGGAAAGCCAUGGAGUCCUUUUAUCGCCUGCCAUGGCAUCCAUGGCAUCCUGCUGCAGCCUCUCCAAGCAGCCACUAUGCAGAUUGGGAUGGGAAUGACCUCCCACAUACCCAAAACUAUUCUUCCAGCUAUAGACCAGGUGCCAGAGUUCCACAUCAUGGGGGAGAUCAGCAGUACACAGGUGCCUACGAGGAGAGGGAGGAUGCUGAUGAGGACUCUGAAAUGGAAGAGGAUGCUGAAGGAGACUCCAAAAUGGAGGAAGACUCCGAGUCUGAAGGGGAGAUAGAAUAUGACUUGAGUAACAUGGAGAUCACAGAGGAGCUUCGCCAGUUUUUUGCAGAGACAGAAAGGCACCGAGAAGAGCUGCGGAGGCAGCAGCAGCUGGAGGCUGAGGACCCAUACGUGGAGGCUGAUCAAGACCUGCACAGGAGGGUGGAGCGUUCUGUGGAGCCGCCUACAGAAAGACCCGGGGAGAGGCGCAUGGCAGAAAUGAAGAAACUGUAUGGUGCUGAAGCUGCCAAAAUCCAGGCAAUGGAGGCUGCUAUGCAGCUUAUCUUUGAUAGGAACUGUGACAAAAAGCAGCCCAAAUACUGGCCCAUUAUUCCCCUUAAGCUCCCUCUUGGCCAGCUGGCAUCCCGUUUUUUACUUUUCCAGCGGGCACUGGUUCAGUUUGGCGUGAUCCUUCAGAGUGGGAGCAGUAGCCUAUUUAGAGCUUAAAACACAUAAAGACUGACUGGCUGGAACUCCAGAGAACAACCUAGAAAGAGGCUGAUGAGGGCACUUAGCCAGACCAUCUCUGCAACACCAUUGUUAAAAGAACCUGAUAUGCGUGUUAAGUAAACAUCAAAUAUGCAAAACCCAGUAUAUGUAACAUGCAGAUAAUAGCAUAAUGUAAUGGGGCCUAUCUCCAAAUAAAUAACAGCACCUUCAUAACCACAGGCAGUUUUAAUACUUUCUGUUCACUUUCAAUGUCCUCUGGAUGGGUCUUAUCUAUAACACAAUAAAACUCCCACAAGCUCCAGCAGGAGCUGGAUUUAGUAUUAAACCCUGGCUAAAAUGAGGGAAAGAAAUUUCUCUUGCACAUAAAAAGGCAAAAGCUCAAGAAUAAAUGUGAUCCAGGAAGUUAUUAUAUAAAGGCAUUGAUAAUUUCAUUUGCAUAUAAAAUAAUAACAAGAACGGAAGCUAAAUUAUCCCAUAUAUACAGAAACCCUGGGUGUUCAGGAUUGGCUAUUCAUUAUUCUCUUGUCAUAUAAAGCAAUUCAGUCUGCAGCUGCAUUUCUCUUACAAAUCCAAUUCAAUCAAGAGAACCGAAACAUCAUUAGCAAACCCACUGAUUUAUCCACCAGUAAAGUGCUGAUACAG